AGGAAGCACAGCUCGUUCCUCGCAGUGAGCAGCCCCUUUCACCACCACAACAUGUGUGGGCUACCGGGGUAUUUACCUAGAAUAUUUAAAACCUCUCGAGGAUAUUAUUGUCGACGGUCAUUUGGAGUACUCACUGGACAGCAGUACUCAAGCUCAGGCUCACAGCAGUACGAUGGAAGGUUGUAUCCUAGCCACAUCCCAACCAACUCGGUCCAGAAGGCUAUUUUGGCUGUAGGUUCAGGAGUGGCUUCCCUAAAAAACCCCUACAGACAUGAUAUGGUUGCAGUGCUCGGGGAAACCACAGGGCACCUGGCCCUGAUCAAGUUAAGGGAUCGGAUGAGAAAUGACUCUGAAGGUUCCACUAUUCUCGUAGAGCGUCCAAGGAUCCGCCUGUCUACAUUAGACCUCACUCAGAUGUCUGCUUUGCCAGAUGGUACUUUAGGAAGAGAGUAUCUCCGUUUUCUAGAAGAAAAUAGAGUCACCCCCGACUCGAGGGCUGAUGUGAAGUUUGUUGACAAUGAAGAGUUAGCUUAUGUCAUGCAACGAUAUCGUGAAGUUCACGACCUGUUGCAUACUUUGCUUGGUAUGCCCACCAAUAUGCUAGGUGAGGUUGCUGUGAAAUGGUUUGAAGCUGCACAGACUGGCCUGCCCAUGUGUGUUCUGGGGGCAAUGCUUGGACCCCUCCGACUGUCUGUCAGUCGUCUACAGUUGCUGGUUCAGUCUCUGGGACCUUGGGCUGUGCGCAGUGGCAGUCGUGCCAGAUGUGUUCUGAGCGUCUUCUAUGAACGGCGCUGGGACCAGAACCUCGAUGAACUCAGACACCAGCUGAACAUUGAGCCACCGCCUGUCAAUCUGUUAUCAUCCAGCAAGAAGACAUCUUCAAACUCUUAGUACGGGAACCUGUCUAAAUGAAAUAACUGAUGGGAAUUUUAGCUUGUGGGGGAGCCCACAAGGAAGCUACAUACAUCCUAUCGGUAACAACGUUCUUCCUCACACAAGGGGAAAUAAAGCCUAAAAAUGAAUGUCAUGUAACUCUGAAAAAAUACUAUGACAUGCAUAGUGACUCAAUAAGAUCAUUCAGGAAGAAAAGGUUCUUCUGAUAAGGAAAGUUUAAUAACUUUUUGUAAACAUCUAUUGGUCAUAUUAAUAUUAAUAUUCUAUUAGAACUGACAUCUGGAUUGUUCAUUGGUGAUUUUACGUUGGAGUUUAACGAGUACAAGUGGCACCUUUCAUUUCUACUCCGCACUGUGAUGUUCAAUACUGUAAUUUAAUCAUUUGUAUAUUUUUAUUUAUUUUAUUUCAUUAUUCUUUUAAUUAUAAAUAUCCUUCUUUUUAACUUGACAUCCAAAUAAGAAAAUCACAAGCCUAAUGAAAAUGAUUAUAGCUGUUUGUUUUGCAUAUGUACUGCGACUUGAGUAAAGUUUGUUAUCUGAUCAUGAAA